GAGGAAGUUGAUCCCGCAGCCGAGUUUCUGGCACGUGAACAAUCUGUUCUCGGUGACCUCGAAUCGGAAAUCGUACCUCCAUCAAAUACUGCUCCCAGUGCACCGGCCAGCACAGAUGGUGGCAAUGGACUACUUGGCAGCGAUGAACUAGCCCCUAAUGCGGUUGGCGGCGGACUUGGUUCAUCUACCGGUAGCUUUGAAAUGAUUGGUGGUGAAUCAAAUGAACCAGUCGGUAUAUCGGGACCACCACCUUCUCGGGUUGAACCUGAAAAAAUAAGAAAAUGGCGAGAGGAACAAAAACAACGUCUCGAAGAAAAAGAUAGGGAAGAAGAACGUAAGAAAGAAGAGUUGCGUCUGCAGGCGAAGCAGGAAUUGGAAGAUUGGUUGCGUCAAACAGAAGAAUCUAUCGCUAAAACCAAAGCGGCCUCACGCAACGCUGAAAAGCAGGCAGCGGCGCUUGAAAAUGGUGGACCCAUGGAACCGGGAACCGAGUGGGAGCGCAUUGCAAAAUUAUGCGAUUUCAACCCAAAAGUGAACAAAUCAGGCAAGGAUAUCUCACGCAUGCGGUCUAUAUACCUACAUUUGAAACAGAAUCCCAUUCCCCUGGGUAAGGCGGCCUAAACUUCACAUAUGAGCUUGGUAAAAUAUAAACCAUGUAUUAAUACAUGCACACAAUCGUAUUCGUAUUAUUCCAAUAAUGUAUGUGCGCAUAUGUAUGUAUAUUCGUUCUGAAAUGAAUUUUUUGUUCGCAAAAUGAUUUAGUGAAUACGAUAAUUAGCGCUGUUUUCAAUUAUACCACAUAUUUCAAAAGUAUUGAUUAUAACAAUGGUUUAUAUGUAUAUGUAC